AUGUUUUUCUUCAGGGCAAGAAAACGAUCCAAUACAAGUCCAAAAAUGUUUAAAUACUUGGCUGAAAAGUACAAGGACGUGUCUCCAAUAGAAGAUUCACAAGAAAUUGUAUAUGAGCGAAAUAUAGCGGAUGAAAAGUCACCAGCAUCUGUACCUAUGCGUCAUUAUAAAUUUUCAUUAGAUAGUGAUGAAGAAGUAAUAAUUGCGCUACUCAGAAACCCUGGGCUCAGAUUUUCUGAAAAAAUUAAUGUAAAAGCUACUUAGCUGUUCCACGAUUUAGUAAAAGUGGUUAAAAUUGACAAAAGUGAAGAACUGGCAGCACUUUUUAUUGAAUGGACCCAACAGUAUAUGACGAAACGGAAAUUUGUGUUAUUGCUGCUCGAUAUCAUUACUAAUAAGUAAAAAAUAUUCAGCACCCAUUUAAUUGAAGCUUCAGAAAUCAAUUGCUUUAUUGACAGAAUUUCCGAAAUCUGCUUGCUUGAUUGCAAAGUAAUGGCAACUUAGGACGAAUAUAAAACAACUGCUCUGCAUUUUAUUUCCCAUAUCGUCAUGAUUGGGGCAAGAAUAUGGAGCGAAAAAGCGAUGCAGGCGUUAUGCACAUGCUUUCAUUAUAAAAAAUCAUGGAAAACCAUAAGAAAUCUUUUGCACUCAGAUAACGGCUCUUAUCACACAAUGAGCUUGAUUAGGAUGCUUUAUGUCAAAGAAGCUCGUAAAAAUGCGUUGUCACUAAUAAAACUAGCGUUUUGGGGCAAGAAAAGAGUCCCCUACGCAAAAGAUUUCCACGGAAUCGUCCUAAGCGUUUUUGCUGACAUCUGCAAAGACACAGAAGUCACCGUUUUAAUUUUUGACUGUAUAAAGAUCCUGAUCGAAGAAGAAAAAGGAAACUUGGAUUUUGAAUGGAAUUUUAUUAAUGAAAUAAAAGAAAAGACGAGGCAAAAUAAUGCAAAUUAG